AUGCCUCAAAGAAAUCCAAGAACAAGGAGGAGACCAAAGGAGGAAGGUGUUGUACAGAAAGAACACAGCAGAAAUUAUGCAGAAAUUGUGAAGCCUCCUAAAACACAAACAUCAGUCAGCAGUGGACAAGAAAGCAGAAUAUACACACCAACACCUCCUUUUCCACAAAGAAUAAAAAGAAAGAAGGAAGAAGCCCACUUUGAGAAGUUCAUGGACAUAUUUAAGGAAAUUCACAUAAAUAUACCAUUAGUUGAAGCUUUGAAGCAAAUGCCAAAUUAUGUGAAAUUCUUGAAGGAUGUGCUCACCAAUAGAAGAAAGUUUGAAGAAUUCAAGGUGGUACCAUUGAAUGAAGAGUGUAGUGCAAUAUUGAAAAACAAGUUCCCACUAAAAGAGAAAGACCCCGGUUCAUUCACAAUUCCAAUAUCAAUAGGAGGGAAGAAGCUAGGUCGAGCAUUAUGUGAUUUGGGAUCAAGCAUUAAUCUAAUGUCGUUGUCUAUUUACAAAAAGUUAGGUAUUGGUGAAGCUAGACCAACUACAGUCACUCUUCAACUAGCAGAUCAAUCUUUCACUCAUCCAGAAGGAAAAAUCGAAGAUAUCCUAAUUCAAGUGGACAAGUUCAUAUUUCCAGCUGAUUUUAUCAUUUUAGAUUAUGAAACGGAUCAUGAUGUGCCAAUUAUCUUGGAGAGACCAUUUUUGAAAACUGGAAGAACAUUAGUAGAUGUCCACAAGGGAACCAUAAUGUUGAGAAUGAAUGAUCAACAAAUAGAAUUUCAUAUGAAUGACAACAUGAAAUAUCCAGCCGUAGUAGAGGAAUGCUCAGCAAGUUAUAAAUUGACAGAGAAUCCAGCAACUGAUAGUUGGAAACAGCAGCAAGAAGAAGACAGCAGCGGGAUAAUUGCACUACACAACAAGCAGAAUUGGAGAAAACUGUAA